AAAAUGAAUUCAAUAAGCUAAAAUUAGUUGAAAAUGAAUCCAACAAACUGGAAUUUUCUAAAAAUGAGUUCAAUAAACAAGGAUUAGUUGAAGAUGAAUUUGACGAACCAGAAAUGGUUGAAUUGGAUGACUUAUCAGAUUAUUAUA